AUGGAGGAUUGCAAAAAUCAUAAGCAAAAAAAUGAUUGUUGGGAAUUGGCGAAAUGCAUGUUCGGAAAUGAUCAAAUGCUCCCGGAGAAAGAAGUUCUGUCUUUUGAGGAAGUCGAUUUGUGCGAGAAUGCUUCGACAUUAGUCUUAAGAGAACCAUACACAAUUUUAAGAAUUCCGCCCAACAAAUUAUUUCGACUUCAAAUCGAUCGUUCCAUCGGCGACGGCGAGAUCAUUUCGGCGAAUUAUACAUUCAACGGGGCUCCCGUUGAGCAAUUGGCAGCUCUCAAAGAAUGCGAACUACAAGCAAAACGACUUUUUUCUUCUCAAAUGUCUUGGAAAAUCAGUCGUCGCUGUUUCCACCGCAAAUUCUAUGAUGCGAUCAUUGUCGGCGGCGGCCACAACGGUCUGACAGCGGCUGCGUAUCUCGCGAAAGCCGGCAAAUCAGUGGUGGUGCUCGAACGUCGACACAUCCUCGGAGGAGCGGCGUGCACCGAGCAGAUCAUUCCCGGCUUUCGAUUCUCCCGUGCUUCGUAUCUGCUCAGUCUCCUUCGACCUGCUGUCAUUCAAGAUUUGGAUCUGAAGAAUUAUGGAUUGAAAUACCACAUUCGAAAUCCGAAUUCGUUUACACCAAUCCGCGAUAGUCGCGAAAGUCUGCUCCUCGGAAUGGAUAUGACCGAAAAUCAAAAGGAGAUUGCAAAAUUUUCGAAAAAAGAUGCCGAAAUGUACCCAAAAUAUGAGCAUUUUAUAUCGGAAAUUGUGCAAGCCAUGGAGCCUUUAAUGGAUCAUGAGCCUCUCAACUUCUCAGAACCAUUGCGAAAACUUAUUCCUCAUUUGUAUCUCGUUUAUCGUCACGUAAAACCUCUCGGAUUUCGGAAUGCUGUUGAUUUCUACGAGCUUAUGACUGCUCCGAUUUCAAAAAUAAUGAAUAAAUGGUUUGAAAGCGACGUUCUGAAAGCAACUCUCGGCACGGAUGGCGUCAUCGGAUUCGCUGCAAGUCCAUUGGAAGCCGGAACUGGCUACGUCCUUCUGCAUCACGUGAUUGGGGGACUCGACGAGCACAAAGGUGCUUGGGGAUAUGUGUACGGAGGAAUGGGAGCUGUUUCGCAAGCGAUUGCUGAUUUCGCGAGAAGUCGAGGAGCCGAAUUGUACACGGACCAAGAAGUCGACGAGAUUCUGAUUGAGCAUGGGGUCGCAAAAGGAGUCCGACUCGCGAAUGGACAAGAACUUCAUGCGAAAUGUGUUCUGUCGAAUGCAACCCCACAUGUCACGUUCAAUCAAUUGGUCCCCAAACAUCAUUUGAGUUCCGAGUUCUACAGUGCGGUUAAUCAGAUUGAUUAUACAUCACCGGUUACUAAAAUCAAUGUGGCGGUUAAAGAGCUCCCAAAUUUCGUGGCGAGACCCAAUCAGGGAACCGAUCCGAUGCCUCAUCAUCAGACAACAAUCCAUAUGAAUUGCGAGAGUAUGCAAUUGGUGCACGAGGGCGUCAUGGAUUAUCGAAAUGGAAGAUACAGCAGGAAGCCUGUGAUUGAGAUGACGAUCCCUUCAUCCGUUGAUCGGAGUCUCGUCGAUGGAGAUGGUCAUGUGGUUCUGCUGUUCACACAAUAUACUCCAUACAGUCCGACGGAUGGAGAAUGGACAGAAGAGAAGAAGAAGGAGUAUGCCAAGCAUGUAUUCUCUGAAAUUGAUGCAUAUGCUCCGAAUUUUUCAUCGAGUAUUAUUGGAUAUGACAUUUUGACACCGCCAGACAUUGAGAAAACAUUCGGAAUCACUGGCGGCAACAUAUUCCAUGGAUCAAUGGGCUUAGAUCAAUUAUAUAUUACUCGGCCAUUGCCCAAAUAUAGCAACUAUUCGACGCCAAUCCAAUCAUUAUUCUUAUGCGGAAGUGGUGCUCAUCCAGGCGGCGGAGUCACAGGAGCACCUGGUCGUCUCGGUGCUCAGCAUGCUCUUCAAUACCUAAGAAAACAUUGA